AUGCCCCCAGAUGCACAACAUGUCACAGUUUUGUGCGUCGUGAUUAGAGAAGACUUCUCUCGCACUUUGGCGGAACGCCUAGUGAAUGAUAUCCAGAAAGUGUUGCAUGAACUAGACAUACUUCCAUCUAAGCUUAGCUCCAAUGUGAAGGCUGCCGACGGAGAGGAUGGGAAACCGGCAGAUACAAGGGCACUUGAGAGUAAGAAGAGUGAUUUGGAAAAGACAAGGGAGAUCACAACAAUUUGGAGGAAGUUUGUUACGGCCAGGAAGCAGAAGAUGAACGUUGUUUGUUAG